AUGAGAAAAGAAAAAGAGGAAAGGGAUAAAAUGGAAAGAGAAGAAAAGAAACGAAAGGAAAAUGAAGAACGGAAAAGAAGAGAAAAAGAAAAAGUCAAACGUAAGGCAGAGGAGGAACAGAGACGAAAAGACGAAGAUAAACUUAGAAUGGAGGAAGAAUUACGUCGGAAGCGAGAGGAAGAAGAACGUUUCAAGAACACAUUUACUUAUUUGACUUACAUGGGCGGUGUUACGACUGACCUGACACUACGUGUAAAGGAUUCCUGGAAACAGAAAGAUCUUCCAGCAUAUGUCGGAACAAUCAGAUGUACUGUAAUAAGGAGACCUGUAACUUCACAAUCGUUCUUUUCACGUUCAAUUGAACUGGCGAUAUCCCUUCCAAAGGUUUUAGAUGAUGCCAACAAUGCAGUUAAAAAAGUAAAGUCAUACAUUGAACAGGUAGAGAAGAAAAUUGAGGAGUUGAGAAAUGCCCAGAUGGCCAUAAUUAAGAAAAUUCAAGACGAAAUCCAGAAGAUAUUUGCAACGUUUGUGCCUGGAAAAGGAGGGCCAAUUACGGCAAGGGAAUCAGCUUAUGCAAAGCUUCAGUUGGCACAUAAACUCCAGAAAAUAUCACAGGAAAUAAUGAAUGACCGUCUUAAUGAAUUGUUACAAGAAACUGAAAUCGUCUGCGCAAAACUGAAAGACGGUGCAGACCUGUCGUACGAUGACAUAGAGGAACUCAAAGGAUGUCUGAAAAGCUGGAAAGAUGCAAAAGCACAGAGCUUUGAGGAGGACAAACGAAAACUGUUGGAAGAACAGAAAAGGAAAGAAGAAGAGAAAAGAAAGAGACGAGAAAGAGAUGAAAGGGAAAUGAAAGAAAGAGAGGAGAAGAAACGGAAAAAAGAUGAAGAACGCAAAAGAAGAGAAAAAGAAGAAGCAGAACGUAAGGCAGAGGAGGAACGUAAACGAAAAAAAGAAGAAGAAAGACUACGAAUGGAGGAAGAACUACGUCGGAAGAAAGAGGAAGAAGAACGUUUAAAGCGGGAAGAGGAAGAGAGGAGAAAACGUUUAGAAGAAGAAAGGAAACAUCGUGAAGAAGAAGCCGCUAGAAAGCGAGAAGACGAAAGACAACGUUGUGAGGCAGAAAGAAGAGAAAGAGAACGAUUACAGAAAGAGGCCAAAGAAAGAGCGUGGAGGCAAGACCCUAACAACUGGAAUCCGUACCAGAGAGACUGUGAUGAAGUAGAUGGAAAGCGGGCGUACCAUGGUGGUAUCAAAUGUGUCAUGGCUUCGCCUCCUGGUAGCAUUGAAAAAGACGACCUGGAAUGUUGUGCAAGUGAGGCAGUUGACUCAAUAAUAGAAAUUCUUGAAACUAACGAAAAGCCUGUCAGUUCGAUUAUUGACAUACAUGCUGUAAAGGGGACACUUCAUUCAGAGGUGCAUUACUGA